AUGGGCUUUGGCGGUGUGCUGGACGACAGCACCUUUUUGCAACGUAUGGGAAGCUUUCGCCAUAUAACAGUGCAGACCGAAUUAGCAGUCUCAGGCUGCCGAGCUUCACCUCUGGAUCCUAGCACGCCAAUUUGCAUCGACUGUUAUAUGGAGACCCAGCAUCCCAUGUGUCAAGCUUGCCAUUUGCCACUUCGUGAGAUGUGCAUAGCUGCGAUGAAGAAGAAGUUUCAUCAUGAAUGUUUUCGUUGUUGUAGAUGUCAUGGGCCAAUACCAAGAGGAGAGUACUACCUUUGGAAUGGUAAUCCUUUUGAUGAAGACUGCUUCUACGCUCUGAAAUGCAUCCGUAGAACCAGCACAAGUGCUUUCUAA